CAUGUUGAAAUGAAAUAAGAUAUAAAAAAAUAUUGAAUGAAGUCAUAUUAGGUCUCAUGUUAAUUAAAUAGAAAAUGUUAGGUUUUCUCUACAUCAGUCUUCUUCAGUGUUUAAUUAUACCCUAAGUAUUAUUUACUAGACUGUUUCAGUUUUACUUUAUUAAAAUGUGUGAUUGUGUAAUUAUGUUACUGAUGUAACAUAUGAAAAAUUUAAUAAAUAUGGAAGAUCAGAGUUUAGAAACAAAUAGAUUGCCAAUAGUUCCAAUCUAUAUAAUGGAUAACAAUACUCUUGCAAAUGAAGAACAUGUAUGUAAACUGGUUCUUUACAUGGAAAUACCAAGGAUUAAUGUUCGUGUUUGGGAUGUUGCUAUUCUUAUUCCUAACUUGAUAUUCAUGAUUUAUCUAGUUUCAAAGUUUAGCCGUGCUAGAUUAAAACUCAGAGCUGCUAAUAGCCCAAUAUUUUUUACAUUCUACUGUUUGGUUUUGUUCAAUGUAUUUACAAGUAUAAUGAGAUGCCUGAUUUCAAUGACACUCAAUUUUAGUAAUCUGGCUGCUGAUUCUAUCAAUAUAUUUCUUUGGAUUUUGGUCAAAUGUUUUUUCUUGGCCACUGAAAUGAGUGUAGUAGUCUUCGCUUUAGCUUUUGGUCAUAUGGAAAGUAGAAGCAGCAUAAGAUAUGUACUAAUUACAACUUCAUUUAUAUCAUUAGCUUAUUCAGUUAGUCAAGGAGCUUUAGAAAUAUAUAUGCCAGAUUCCAUUUUUAGAAUUCACUCAAAAGAUUUAAAUUUAUUUGGUCAUGGUGGUGUUUUAUUUUGGUUAAUAAGUUCUGUUAUUUUUACUAUGCUGUACUUGCUCAUAUUGGUAUUGCCUUUGACCAGACUUCGAGAAAAACUUGCAUUACCAGUGAAUCGGUCAUUUUAUGUAUAUGUAUCUCUUCUUGCACUCUUAAAUGGUAUUGGUUCAAUUGGUUGUACAUUUUUGCUUGUAAAAAUUACAGAAGGUCUUUGUAUCGUUGAUGUAACAACAUUCCUGUAUUUUACAUUAUUCACACCUCUAGUCUACAUAACAUUCUUAAGCACAUUCUUUAGUGUUUCACAAUCAAGCAUUAUGUUUUCUUAUAAAGCACAAAAUGAUGAUCGUGUUGAUGAUGAUACUGUAUCAUUACCUCAUCAGCCAUCGUUUUCAUCUUUAAAAACUGACUCUGACUAUAUUUAUCAGACGGAUAAUAUUUACAAUAAUACUCGCUUUUCUGUGAGUGAUAGACAAAUAGCAAAUCCACUUUAUAAUGCUUCAUUACAAAGUCCUGAUAGUAUUACUGGUUAUAGUAUGGAUGAGCAAACUAUUGACAUUGAAGAACAAAAAAAGUAAUAAUAUAUUUAGGAUUAUGAUAUUUUACUGGUGUUCCUGUGUUAGCUUUAUUGUUUUAAUAUUUUUAUUAUUUGUUUAAGUCAAGUAAUAAAUAAUUAUGUAAUUUAA